UAAGAAAAGGGUUGAAAACUCGUGCUAUCUCACGACUCAAACAAUCUGUUUCAAUUAAGAAAUUCUAUGUUCAUGUUUUCUUCAUUACAGUUACAUAGAAAAAACCAAUGCAAAGAAUCAGAAUCUAACUUCAAUUUUCUUUCACAACAAUUGUCUUAAAUAAAUAGUUACAACAGAUGCACUCUGCUUCCUACAAAAUAAUUUCUUCACUAUUAUAUUGAACGUCAUAUAUUUCUUUGCUUAUGUUUACUUCGACUUUCGAAGAAAAAUCAUUCAUUAGAUCUAAUCGAGUUGCAUCAACACAUCAGAGAUUCAUCUAAUGUUAUUAAAAAUUAUUACAAAAUUUGGUAGAAUAGAACAUACAUUUAUGAUAUUGCAACAAUAAUCUUAUUUUUGAGCAAAGUGUAAAGAAGAGAAGUCUUUUUUCACCUUUUCCCACUUACAUCAUAUACGUGUUGAAUCUUAUAACUACCCAGAGUCUAAUUGUGAAUAGCCUGUUAUUGUGCGAUAUCAAAAUUUUAACAUUGACUGGAUAAAUUUAAAAUCUAACUGAAAUUUAAUUUUCAUCACAAUAUAUAUAUAUAUAUUGAUGUGACCCUUAAUAUUUACACUAUGUGUGAGGCACUUUUUGAAGAUACAUGUGACUUUUUUUCUAACGCAUCUUGAAUUUUUCAAAGAAUAUAGGAAUAUAAGAAAAAAGCUAACAUAUAGUUUAUUAUAGAAUCAAUGUCAAAAAUAUGUGAUCGGCACGAAGCCAGAUUGUUCAAUAAUGGAAUAUAACCUUGAAGAGUAUAUUUCUCGAAAUAUAAUUGCUAACAUAGUCAAGAACGGUAUGAAUAUACAGUAGAAAGUUUCAUCCGUAUCAAAUUAUCAAUCAUUUCAAUAAAAAUUCGAUCAUUAAGCGAUAUUUUAUUACAAUGUUGCUGUAUGAUUUGAAAUGCACGUGUAGUAUCCUUGAAAUCAUUAUAGCAUAAAAAAAUUGCAUAUAUAACUAUAAAUCAUGUUUUGAUACAAAAAAAAAUGUGUAUAAUGACUCUUUUUCUUUCAUAUUUUUCUUUUUCCAUGAGCGUAAAUAAUACGAAUGUAGAUAAUGAAACCUUAGUAGUUAUUAAUCAUUCUUUCUCUUCAUAAGCACAAGCAAUAUAGGUUUGUAUUGAAUUUAUUUUUCUGCAUUUCAGUGUCAAAGCAUUUUAGAAUGCAAUUUUUUUUGAGAAGAUAUUUCAUGAUGUCUCCUACAAAAAAAAAUAUUGGAUUCUAUGUGAAGAAUAUUUAAUUGAUUUGAAUUCAGAAUUUCCCAAAUUAUGAAGAUUUUUUAUAUUUUUUAGUUGUAUUCAAAAAUAUUUUCAUAUGUAUUAAAAAGUACGACUCAUUCUCUAGAAGAUCGUGUUAAAAAAAUCUUUAUUUCAAGAGUAAUCCUCUUUGGCGAUCGGAAAUCGUUAGUUGUGUUAUUUUUUUAUCAUAAUGUAGUCUGAAUCAGUCUUCGCCUACAGGAGAGAUUUUGAAGCUCGAAUUUCGUCUUGAUUCUUGAAAUCUUUGAAAGAAACGGAAAUUUAAACAUAAUUUCGUGUUUUUUAUGAAAUCAAAUUUUUUUGUGAAAAGAAUGUUGAAUUAUUUCGUAUUAACCACUGUUUGCAGUGAAUAUAUUUUUAUAUUUAAAAUUAUUGAUUUCCAGAUUUUUUAUUUUACCAAUGAUGAUAAUCAGUUUUCGUAUGAUUUUCAAUAAUAAAAAUGAUUUCUGUUAAAAUUUGCAUGUGCAAGAGUGACUUUUCCUACAAUGAUAUUUCGUGAGAGAAGCGAAAAAUGAUCUAAUUUAAUGAAUACAAUUUUAUAGAAAGUAAAUAUUCACUUACAUUUUUUGUUGAAAAUCUUCUAGGAAUUUCACGAUCAUUUAGCAAGUGGACAUUCUUCUCAUAAAAUGUCUCAUAAUAUCUUACAAAGAUUUUUACCACAACAUGCCCUUCGAGUUAUUGAGAAUUUUAAACCAUCUGAAGUUCCGAAAAAUCCAAUUGUACGAUUCGAUAUUGUACCAAAUGUCUCGAUCGAAACUGCUAUAGAACCACUUGUUUCACUUGUUCCGAAUGUUAAAGAAAUGGUAUUCAAAGCGAAACAAAAAUGUGAUAGACCAAAAGAUGGUUUAACAAUUGAUGAAUCUACUUCAAUUAUGCUCUAUUCUCUUGAAUGGGAACCAAGAGAAAAUUCAUUCUAUAUUAUUCUUAAUAAUACUUUACGAGCCGAAGAUGAAGAAAAAUUAAAACCAUGGCAUCUUUAUUUGAAAUUAUUUGUUACGGCACUUGAAAAAUUACCAUCAAUAUCUAAAACAAUAUAUCGAGGAGUAAAAAUGAAUUUAAGUACGCAAUAUCCAAUUGGAAAAACAUUUGUUUGGUGGGGUUUUUCAUCAUGUACAAGUUCAAUAGAAGUACUUCAAUCAGAACAAUUUCUUGGAAAGACAGGCAGUAGAACUCUAUUUAAUAUUGAUUGUGAUUCUGGAAAAGAUAUUCAACAACAUUCAUUCUUUCCAACAGAAGAUGAAAUAUUACUUGUUGCUGCUCGAAAAUUUAAAGUCGUCUCAUGUCUUGAUUCGGGCAAUGAUCUUCAUAUAAUUCAAUUGAAAGAAAUUGAAUCAGAUUAUCCACUUCUAGGAUCUUCACG